AUGUUGCCGAAUCAGCGACCGGAGCUGUUGGAGGUGCAUUGGAAGGUGUUAAAGACACCACGGCGUCUGCUUACGAUAAGGGAGCCGCAUGGGUUGGAGAUUCUGCCAAGGGCGCUUAUGAGACUACUGCCGAGAAAUUGUCGG